AUGAAGCCUAAGAGGCCAAGGAGAACCGGUAUCCACUAUGUUGAGAAUGAUAUUGACCGUAGCUUCACAUUCAUCAAGCGGCGCGAUGGGCUUUUCAAAUCCGCAGCUGACCUAUCCAUCCUCACUGGCGCGAAAGUUGCUGUUGUAGUAGAGUCCGAACGUGAAAAAAUGUUCGCAUUCGGCACUCCAUCAGCUGGCCCCAUUAUUGAUUCUUUCCUUUCAUGGAAUGUGGAAGGUCCAAUCCCUCAUGAGGUACAAAAGGCCAACACCAUUUCUCUAGAAAAUAAGCUAGUCCGGCUAGGUAAUCUCAAGGACGUGCAGGACAGGAGGAUGAGGGUUUCUAUGGCACGUUCCAAGGAAAUUCAAGAAAGUUCAAAGAUUGCUAAGCUUGUCUAUGGUGAGAUAGAUGAUCUUAGUGUCGACGAGCUCAAUGAGCUGCUACAUGGGCUCACACGGAUCAAUCAAGAGAUUGAAGAUCAGGUGCGUGCUUCACAAAUCCAGGUGCCACCAAGACAUUUGCCAUGGACUUCUGUACAACCUUUGCAGAUUCCAAGAUCGUCUAGUGCUGUUCCAGAGCCAUCAUGGUUGCAGUCCUCACUUUUGAACUCAACCACGCUGCCCUUACCACAAGCACCACCAGUGCCCCCGUUACAACACAGUCUGAUGCCACAGCACCCUUGGGCAGCGGAUAUGUUGCCACUACCUAAUGAAGCACAUCAGUACAACGAUCAAAGCCAGCAGUUUGUCAUCAACGGACAAAGAGCUCUUGGAAUUUAUUUCAUGAGUCUGAAGCUGUCAUCCAUUGACUUGAAUAAAGAAUCCACAUCUCUGACCAAGCGGCUUCAUUCUAUGAGCGCUGGUCAUCGCAAAUGGGGAUUUGAAACAACUACAUCUGAGAUUUUGACUGCACAUAGAUGUGGGCAAUAUAGCAGUUGGUUGCUCAAAGACUGGGCCAAGGUCUACCUCUUCAAUGGUAUUAAAGUGUGCAUGGAGAACCACAAGAGGAUUACCUUGGAGCAAGGAUGUGAGUGGUGGUGGAUCCAUAGACUUAAUCCUCAUAGGAUCAGAAAAGUUGAGGCUUCGGUGUUCCUGCUAUAUCAUGUGGAGGCAUUGCCUAAUGGACCAAGCCAUCUUAGGACAGGAGAGGACAACAGGGAAGAACUAGAAGGCGGGCUAGGCCGGUUUGAGGAGGAAUGA